AAAAAAUACGUGUAACCUGAGAAAAGCCUCUUUUUUCUAAUCAUUGCUUGGAAUGACGCUCGUCCAUUCCUCUGCAAGUUUCUGCUUAUGCAGACAAGAGAAUGUUCGAUGAUUUCAUCGAUAGAUAUCUAAUCGAAACCUUAACUGAAACAGGAAAUCUGGAAACCAUGGAAGGUGGAGCUGCAGAGGAACAUCCUCAGAAACUCAUUCAACAAAGAGGAGGUGAAGAAGAAGAAGAAGAAAAGGAGAAGUCAAGUGGGUUUCUGAGGAAUUUCAUUUCUAACAUGGUGUCUGCCGAGGGAGGUGAAGAAAAGAAAGAAGAAGAUGAAGAAAAAGAAAGUGGGUUUCUGAAGAAUUUCAUCUCGAGCAUGGUUUCUGCAGAUGAAAGGGAAGAAAAGACAGAGAAAGAAGAAGAACAGGGAAAGAAAAGUGGGUUUCUGAAGAAUUUUAUUGCAAACAUGGCGUCUGCAGAGGGAAAUGAAGAUGGUGGGGAAGAGGAAAGGGAUAAAAGCGGCGGUUCUGAGUCGGUUGAAGAAAAGAGCGGCGGUGGCGAUGGCGGCGUCGGAGGAGGCAUUAUAGACAACAUUGUCUCCCACUUGCCUGCUUCACUUCAAGGUGAUGCAGUGACCACAACAGAUGAAGCUACAAUUCUGAUUCACUCCAUUAUCCAUGAAUGAUUACUUCUUAGUUUUGUGUUGUUUUUGGUUCAUAGGCCUCUGUUUCAUGUAAAUUUAAGUUGUUUUGAUUGUUUGGGCUUAGUACUCUUCUUUUUUAAAACAGAGUACAUAAUAAAUAAAGGGACAUCUCCAUGUCUUGUGUAGAGACAUUCAUAUGA